AUGCUCAACGAAGCCGAAUAUGAAGCUUUGAUUGUUCGAAUCAGCCUCGCUUUAGCAGCUGGAGCUCACAAACUCAUAGUACAUAGCGACUCCAAGUUAGUGGUCAACCAAGUCCUUGGGACCUAUGAGGCCAAAGAAGAAUCCAUGGCAAAGUAUCUUGCUCUUGCACUUACCCUCCUCUCAAAAUUGGAUAGCUAUGAGAUAAAGCAAGUACCACGAGCCAAUAAUAUUGAUGCAGACAAGUUGGCUAGACUUGGUAGUUCCAUGGAAAGCAUUGGAAGCCGGAAAAUCACCCUCCUCACGGCUUCCCAACCAGAAAUAGUCUCCACCGACGGAGUGAAUUGCGCUGAAGAGAAUGAACCCUGUUGGAUCACCCCCAUUACAAACUAUCUCAAAAGUGGGGAACUUCCGACUGACAUCGUCCAAGCGAAGAAAAUAAAGAUAAGAGCGGCUCGUUUCUUAAUGGUAGGUGAAGAACUCUACAAGCGAGCGUUCUCCUUCCCAUAUCUCAAAUGCCUUAACCCAUCAGCAGCAGACUAUGUGCUACGAGAAGUACAUGAAGGCAUCUGUGGUAAUCAUUUAAGUGGCAAAAACUUAGCUCUCAAAAUAUUGAGACAAGGUUACUAUUGGCCCACCAUGCAUGAAGAUGCGAAGAGACUAGUGCAGAGAUGCAACCGAUUGACAGUCCCAUACCUUUUGCCCAAUGGGGAGUUGACUUGGUCGGUCCUUUUCCACCAGCAACUGGAGGACGCAACUGUAGAUUACUUCACCAAGUGGGUGGAAGCAGAACCUUUAGCUCGCAUUCGAGAGGAAGACAUCAUCCAAUUCCUCUGGAAGAACAUCGUGUGCCGCUUCAGGAUCCCCCGUUCCAUUAUUUCAGACAAUGGAACCCAAUUUUGUGGGGACAAAGUACAGAAUUGGAGCCUUGGCUUAUCUAUUAAGCAAUUCUUUACUUCAGUUGUCAACUCCCAAGCAAAUGGUCAAAAUGAAGUAACUAAUCGCACGAUACUUCAAUAUCUCAAGUCAAGGCUUGGAAGUGCCAUGGGAAAAUGGAGGCUGUGGCACCAGAUUGGCGAACCCUCUUGGAGAGUCAUCAACUAUUCUCCAGAGGAAAAUAAAGAAGCAAUGAGAGCUAACAUCGAUCUCGUCGACGAACUAAGAGAGAUUGCCUCUAUCCGACAGCAAAUGUACAAGAGUCGCAUGGCGAAAGCUUAUAACUCCAAAGUCCGCCUUCGCUCUUUCCAAAUAGGAGAUUUAGUUCUCCGCAAAACCGAAGCUUCACGCCCAAUCGGUAAACUCGACCCGAAGUGGCAUGUUUACGCAGAAAAUCACCGCAACUCACGAGUUGAUGUCAUAUCUCGGAAUGCGAGAAAGAGAAACAGUCCCCAUAUUGGGCAUAGAGUCACCAAAGACAGUAGACAUACCACUCGUACAGCAAGCACGGACGAGUACAAGGAAGACGUGGAAGAAGAAUAA